AUGGCUAUUCACCCGAGAUUACGACCCCAGGCCUCGCAGGGAAGCCUAUCGCCCCAGCAAACUAUGGCUAUCUCCGCGUGGACCGAACAGGCCACCGCGUCGCUCCAAGAUCUGUCCCUCUCCGAGUCUCGCCCCUCCGGAUCGGCGGCAACGACACCGAAAAGCUCAAUCCUGCGGGGAACAACCGUAUCCCUUUCGAUUCCCCUCGACGACGAGCCUCCAGCCUCCCCUUCCCCGCAAGCCAAGGUGGCCAACCCCGAAAUUCACUCGACCCCGACGGUCAGCUUCCGGCGUCGAGAGCCGCUGCGGAAGGAUGGCAUGAAGCGGCGCGAGGCCAUGCUGAAGGGUAAAGAUGGUAGCCGUCGACGACAGCGCUGGGAGAAUGACCGUUUGCUGCACAACCCGUGGGCAGAGCCCCCUUCUCCAAAGGAUUGGGUCAUUGGGCCUACCUGUACACGUCACGAUCCGAUGCCAUACUAUCUGGCUCCGCUUUGGGAGGUCCACUAUGCCAGAGUGGCGGACCACCAUUCAGCCCGUAAGCAUGCGGCAAAGACUGCUAAUAUGAAGCAUCGUGUUCCGAAGGAACUUCGGGAUAAAUUGAAGCAUGCACGUGCUGCUCGUGGUAUGCUUCAAGAUCUGGAGGAUGACAUUCGGCUCUUUAUCCGCAAGUGGAACGAGAAGCAGGAGUACCUCCAGAACGAGGGUUUCCAGGAUAUACCCGAUGAUGACUCAGAGGAUGAGAUCGUGUUUGUUGGCCGCAAUGGGCAGAUGCAUGACGCACCGGAGCGAAAACAGAAACUGGAGCAGAUGCGCCAGGAGCUAAGCUUGCACCACGAACGCGAUGGCGAGAAGAUGGUGUUUGAGAGUUUGGUGGAUGACCGCGGGGCAGCGUUUGGGCGCUGGCUCGUGCACUCCAUCGCCUCUUACUAUGGACUGCAUACCUGGUCCGUGACUGUCGGUUCCCCUGCUCGUCGGGAAGCCUAUGUAGGUGUCCGUCCACCAGGCCCCGGUAGCCGGGCUGGACUCAUCACUCAUCCUGCCUGUCAGUCACAGUUGAUUCAACCUGGAGAGGAGCUUCCCCAGCCCCUCUAUGCGCAGGUUUAG